CACCUUUUUCAAUAGUUUGUUCGUGUUUGUUGCAUGUCACGGAUUUUCGGUUUGCCUUGUUGAGUUGCCAAAGUUUCGCCUGGGCCGCCAAAGUCGAGUGCACUAUGACACGUUUCAGUGCCGCCGUCAGCGACAGCAGCGAUGACGAACGCGAUGUACAUAUGCUUCAGGACUUCAAGAAGUCCCCGGUGCGGUCGCCACCCAAACUAUCGGAAGACCACAAUGCCGAAGCUGGUUCAGAUGAGGACAUAGGAGUUGACCAAGAUUCAGACGAAGAAACCUCGGAAGAAAGCUCGUCAGACAUGCGAGAGGACGAUCUAGCCCCCACUCGCUCAAGACUGACGCGUAAUCACGCUUUGACGGAGGAUUCCGAUGACGAAAGUGAGGACGGGUCGGAGAAUACAAGUUCAGGCUCUGCUUCGUCCGGUGAAUCCGAUGUGGAUGUUUCAACGCAACGAGAGGACGUUUCUGUGAUACCAUGGGCUAGACAAGUCGGUGUGGACGCACAGAAGAUGCAUGUCAUGCAGACUUCACUAUUUCGUAUACCUGAGGAGGCCGUGGCAAUUAAGGCUAUGAACCGUGGAACACGACCCCAUUUGAAGUUGCCGCCUACAGUCAGGCGAAAGCAUAGUCGUGAUUCCAUUGGAGAUGGGCUGCGGGUGGACUCACAGGAGAGGGCCUCAUUUGCGCAUGACAUAGAGCCACCAGCUUACCGGCCGUCGAGAAAAUAUGCCCGGGUGGAAAUCUCAGCCUCUGCUGUGGCUGGCUGUGAAGAUGGUCUGGUAGAUGCUGGUUUGGCGUUCGGUCGUUCCUUCCGCGUAGGUUGGGGACCAGGUGGGACUUUAGUCCAUCUUGGGCAACUCUGUGCUCCGUCGAGUCAAAUUGACACUUCUGCAAAUACUUCCGUCAUUACGAAGACAAUCGUACCGCUCUUCGCAGGUUCCCACAAAGAGGCCAACUUCCGGCUUUCACGCCUGCUGCAGCACCACUUGAGCAAAACGCCGAUUAUCAAAGACGAAAGCGGAAUCCCUUUCGCCGAUUCAUCUACCGAACUUGAUUUUUCCUCUUUCGUCUCCUUGUACCCUUCCUCCGAUCACUCUGAUGAACAGUCUCUUUUCCGACUCGGUCGCGCGUUGUUCGACAACAUCGACUUGCACCUCGCGCCGGAAAUUACAGUUGACGUGCGCAAUCGGAUAUCUGCAGUGCGCCGGAAGGCUGCAUUGUCAGACUGGCUUGAGGAGGCCGUGGGUCAUCUUGUGGAUGCCGAUAUCAAGAAAUAUGCCUCUAGCGACUCUGCUGCAUGCAUUUACACACUCCUUACAGGCAAUAAAAUAGAAAAAGCCUGCGAAGUAGCAAUGGACAACGGCUACAUCAAACUCGCAACUCUGAUAUCACAGGCUUCGGGCGACUUCGAGUUCAGGGAGGACUUGAAGGAACAAAUACAACUUUGGCGGGAUCAGCGGAUAGACGUGCACAUCGGGGAGAGCACGCGCAAAAUUUACGCCUUACUCGCUGGAAUACUGGACGUUGUUGAGGGCUCAAAAGCCAGUAGUCUAGAGCAAUGUCCAGAUGUUGACCCUGUCAAAGGUCUCGACUGGAAACGCACCUUCGGUUUGCAUCUGUGGUUCUCUGAGCCGAUGGAUGCAUCGAUAUCACAGGUUUUCGAGUCAUACAACCGAUCACGACAAGAAUCCCCUUUCCGUGUCUCCCCUCCGCUGCCGUCAUACCUCGAGCCCUCAUCAGAACCGUUACCAUUCAACAUUCCCACCCCAUCACCUUCCGACGCUCUCUUCUCUCUGAUUCGCCUACAUGCAGACCCUGCAUGCUCAUUAUCACAGACCCUUUCCCCACUCUCAUUUGGGCCAUCGCCAGGCGACUAUUCACUCUCGUGGCAUUUGUAUAUAAUCUUAUCACGAUGCAUGCGCAUCCGCGACUUUGCCGAUCGCGCAGACCCAGGGAGGCGCAGGAACGCCACGGAUGAUGACAAUGAACAAGAUCAGCAUGAAGGCCAUAGUCCAAGUGCUGACCUGCUUGCGAGCAGCUAUGCACAUCAACUGGAGCAACUUGGCAUGCUCCAGGAGGCUGUUUUCGUGCUUUUGCACAUUGAAGGACCUGCAGGUCGUGAAAAGGCGAUCAAGGACCUUCUUCACCGCUCCGCCGACAAAUUGGACGAGUGGAUGUGUAGUGGGAUUCUUGGAAGCCUCAAGAUCCCUGUGGCUUGGGUAAAUGAAUCAAGGGCUGUGUAUGCCAUUUACGAAGGCAAAGUUUUCGAGGCCUACCAACUGUACUUGAAUGCAGGAUUGUAUCAGCAGGCUCACGACCUUGCCGUCAUGGAGCUUGCACCUGAAGCAGUCAUUCGGCAGGACCUCGAUCUGCUUAUAUCAUUAUUCGAAAGAAUUGCCAAUCAGACCAUCGAUGGAUGGCAUACUCGGGGCAAGGCCUACGUGGACUACGCUCAUGCCAUGACACGUAUUCCCGAGUUGCACGCUUCGCUGUCAGAGUCAGCGGUGCCAGAUGCAGUUGAGGAGCAGGAGUUGGAAAACUUCACCCGUACUGUGCCCCGACUUAUCAAUAUGUUGCCCGACGUGUUGUCCAAUUCAUCCGACCCACGACACAAAGUCGCAUUGGCCGAGAUGAUUUCUGGCCUGACAGCCGUGCUUGAUAUCGUGAAGCCCUUGGCACUGUCGCAGUCACAAAUAAAGUUGACUGCAAUUGACGAAGCUACUAAGCUGCGCCACAUACAAACGACGUUCUUUGAAAAAUAUAUGAGGUCGAUUCAAGCCUCGUGAUCGCUGUUUUAUUGCUCUUCGCGUUUAUCGUUGUAUCUAACCGUCGUAAAUACCUCUUCUUCCCGUAAUGUUGACUGAUAGCGAGCUACUCAUUCAUUCGACAAUAUUCAUGCGGUUCUAGAUCUGAUUCGAAUCUAAAAACCUGGUUCGGUCCAAGAGUGCUCUUUGAAAGACUGACCAUUGACAAAACGCGUUUGGUAUACUAGUAGCUCCGAACAGUUAGCCCAAGUGGCUUGCAG